UAGGGUUUGCGGCGGCGAUGAAGAGGCCGCAAGGAGGCGAUGGGGCGAUCUCCCCGCGCGAGCAUGAAAUCGAGAUUGUCACGAGUCGCAAGCGCAGGAAGGUAUGGGAUUACGUCUGCAAGAGCCAGCUGCUCGUCCACGCCAAGACGCGGCGGACGACGGUCAUGGUUUUCGGCCGGAAGAUCGAUGUGGUGGUGACGAGCGAUGCGGCGGAGAUCGAGAGCUGGGUCUUGCGGCAGGACGGGAGUGUCUUCGGGGUGGAUCUCGAGUGGAAGCCGAAUCGCGUCAUGGGGGAGGAGAACAAGGUGGCUCUCAUCCAAAUCUGUGGAGAGACGGAAUGCCUCAUCGUCCAGAUGUGCUACAUCGACCAGAUCCCGGACGCGCUGGUGGAGUUCCUCAAGAACUCGAGCUCCAAGGCCAUGUUUGGCGGUGUUGGUGUGAAGAACGACGCGGAGAAGCUGGAGAGAGACCAUGGCCUGGUGUGCAAAGGCACGGUGGAGCUGGGCGUCCUGGCCACCGAGAAGCUUGGAAACCAGCAGCUUAGAAACCAGGGGCUCAAGAAGAUGGCCAGCAUUGUGAUUGGGCUUGGAAUGGACAAGCCCAAGAGAGUGACGAUGAGCAACUGGGAGAACCUCCACCUCAGCGAUGCUCAAGUGAACUACGCGUGCGUCGACGCUUGGGUCUCGUACGCCAUCUUGCAGAAGCUGCUAUCGUCGUGAUCCAUGGACAGGAUUUUUCUCUUUUUUUCGCGAGACUGUAGAAAGAGAGCUGGUGUAACACAGUGGCUGCACAUUUUCGAGCGUGCAGCGAUACUGUUUCCAGCAAUCGCCCCCGAUUUUACGAGGUAACCAAGUUACGUAUAUCUUGACUACGUUUGCACUGUUCUCACGGUUCUUUGCGAGUAUAGGCUGUGAUGAUAGAUCGUGUUGGAAUCACCAGAUCCUUUUGAGCAUUCGUCUAAGGUAGAAACUUGUUCGUCCUCGUUAGUAUUAACUCUUGAGCAUUGUGGUCGUCCAGUGUCAUGUCUAGCUCUUUGAGAGGCUGUGAUGAAAGACCCUCUGGGAUUGUUGUGAUCUUCCAGUGAUCAAGAUAUACCAAUGGAUCCUUCUGAGCCUUUGCGUGUUUCUUUCUGGGGUUCUAUGAGUCUGUCUUUGCUUGCUCUGCAUUGCGAACUGGUGUACAGAUUUUUCACCACCUUACACUGGCUAGCUUUAUACUUUUUAUUCGCAGGAUGGAUAUUGUUAGGUACUAGCUCCUGCUCGAUCAACGUGUGUUGUAGGUGCAGGAAGGGACGAGAGGGGAAUUAAAUUGCGCCUCACAGCACACCUGACAAACGGUGGAACAGUGGCAUUGUUUUACGCGCCUCACAUUCAAGUCUCGGGGUACAAGCUUUGUUUUCUUUCUCAUUUUAUUCUAUUCUAGAGUUUAGAGAGAGCAGCUGCUGCUGUGCUCUGACUGAUCGGCCCCCCGGGUUUUAAAUCCCUCUGCCUGCUCGCUUUGACUCACUGUCUUUGCUCGCUCUUGUUUUCUUUCUUCCUCAAGGCUCAUCUCGAAAGCGCCGAUGGUGAGGAAUGGAAGUGAACUUCUCACUGCAUCACUUGUCUCGCUGCUGCUGUCCGUGCUGCUGCUAACAGCUCAGGGAUUGGAGGAUGUUGCUCAUGAAAGUUUGGAGAGUGCAAAUCUAGUUCGUUCGCGCCGCUUGUUGCACAGGCCUCUGCGAGUUUGUGCAGCUCCUGGGCCCGUGUGUUCUGAAGGGGUGUUUGUGACUUGUGAGGUGGGAGGAAGAAGGGGAUGUUUGUGUGGUUUGAUCCACCAUUGUCAUCCCCAUGUUUCGGGCUGCUAUCUACACUCUGGAAGCAAUGUAACUCACUGUGGGUUUUAAACAAAGUAACAUAUUUAAGUAUUAAACAAAAUAUACAUUUUUGUUC